CGCAGCUUGCCGCCCCAUUUCGGACACAAAAAUCUCUAAACCUACGUCGGAUCGGGCAAUUCCGAGGGGAGCGCUUGGCCACAGUAGCUCUGCUCCUGAGAUGCCCGGGUUUGUCGAUUCUUACAGUGAUUUUGGGCAGCGAAGGUCGCCACCCUACCGACACUUCACAGCUGGCACUGAAGCAGAAGCUAAAUUGUCCAUACAGCCGAUUCAGAUCAACUUGGAUCAAGUUAGCUUCAAUUUUCUUUGUACUACUUUUUUAUUUUUGGGUGAUGUGAAAGAGAACACUGUGGUGUUCUUUCAACAAUUUCGAAACUUUUUUGUGUGCUGCAUGGAGGAACAGGCAGUUGUCACAGUCGCUCUCGAGGCUGCUCUCCUUUCUUCCUUCUCCACAGCUCUUGCAGCAACAUCACUUCAGGCACCGAAUAUCUCCGGGAAGCUUCCUUCACAGACUGGCUUCCACAUCUCCUCGGGUUCAUCUGCAGUUUUGAAUGAGCAGGCCCAUUCUUCCACAUUUUCUAUCUCCAACGUGCAGGCACCACCACAUCGGAUCCCAAUGCCAUCAUCGCCUUCACAUUCACUAUUUAACUUCACAGACUCUGGUCAGGAAACAAGAGAUGGCUCUGAAGUCGGCGCCUCUCUUGAUUCAAGCAGGGAACAACAUUCGUUUGAUAGCCUCGAAAUUGACUCAAUUACGUUGGAGGAAGAUAAAAACGAAGCUAUUUUCAUCAGGUUCUUCUUUGUGUAUUUUUGCAUUGAGCUUAAUUAUUGGUUAGUUAGUCUUGAUUCCUCUAACUUUCCUUUGGGUCUUUAG